CAACCAAUCAAAAUUAAACAUUGAUUCAUUUUGUCGUUUCAUCAAUACUUACCACUAUACUUAACAUAUAUAUUUAUUUAUUACUAUAUAUUCUAUCCAGCAGUUACCAUGGAGACUGUUUACCUUAUACCAAAACAAUUUGAAUGACAUUGGUUAUUAGUAGCAAUGUUUACAUUUUCAGUUAUGCAAUGAAUGCAUUCAAAAGAAUUUAAAAAUAAUUAGAUAUCUGAUCUAUAUUGUUUAAAAGAUGGUUGAUCUUACUGGAACCUCAAGUACAAAUUUAAAAAUAAUUGAAAAAACGUUAGAAGAUAUGGAUAGUUUAGAUAUGGAAUUAUUUAACGAAUCGUUUAAGAAAUCAAAAUCUGCUACAAGUAUUGUUAAAGGUUCUCAAGUACAGAUAGAUGGGGAAAUGAAAAAAAAAGUCAUAUUUAAAGAUUCUAAUGAAGAUAAUUUGUUAAAUGAUCUACUAUCUGAUGAAGAAACUUCUAUAAAAGAGAAGAAAUCAUUUUCAUCCGAUACCAAAAAUAAUUUGAUAGAAGAUUUAUUUAAAAUCAAAACACCAGUUCCAUCUACAACAAGUACUAAAUUAAGCAGUGAAUUAGAAUCAAAAUAUAAUUUUAGCCAAGAAGAUAAUCAGUUAUUUUCACAGAAACAAAACAGUAAAACUGUUUCAAAGGGUAUUUUUAAUACAUUGAAAAAUGGAUCAACUAAAGAGGAGAAGGUUGUACAGUUAACCAACACAGCUAAAAGCGAAGACGAUAUUUUAGCGAAUUUAAUUGAUAAGUCAGAUGGGAUAGACAAUAAAUCAAGAAGGCCAUCAUUAAAAGAAACUUUAUUUGAAAAAAAACCUUAUUCAUCUAUCAGUACAGAUUCUAGCAUUCAUAAGCAGACUAGGAAAGUGGAACCAGACACUAUGGUACAAUUUGUAAAUUCUUUAAAACAACCAAAAUCUCAAACUACUGGUCAAACAACUAAAACUUCUACACGAGAAUCUAGAAGUGGCAGAAGGAAUAUAGAACUUGUAAAUGAUCCUCUUGGCUUAUUAUCAACUAGUUUACUACCAGAACAAAAUCCUCAAAUGACAAUGAAUGAAAAUGUACCGACUAAAGAUUUAGAUAUACAAAAUACUAAAAUAGAAGAAAAUUUGCCAGAAUGGUUAGGUGGUUCAACAAAAUUGGAAGAUAAAAAAUUAGAAAAAAAGAAAGAAGAAACUGAAGAAAUAUCCACAUUUAAGCAAAAUACUGAAACUUCAGUAAAUGAUGGUACAGAUUUAAAGAUAUCUGAUCCAAGUAAUGCAAAAGGGGUAUCUGUUCAUCCAAAUUACCUUUCAAUGUUAUUUGAUGCACAAUUUAGUCAACAAACUGCACUUAUCAAUAUGCAGCAGCAAGAACAUGAACUGAAAACAGCAACAGUGCUUUCACAGCAAAAUGAACAAUUAACUAAGGUAUCAAAUGCUCAGUAUACUACACUUCGUAAUCAAGAAGAACAGUUUAAUACUUUAUUAAAAUUACAAGUUGAAAGACAAGCUCUAUUAGAAAAACAAAUAAAAAUGCAGCAAGAACGUAUUGAUCAAUAUAUUCAAGCAUUGAUGGCACAGCCUAUUUCUGUACCAAGCAAUACAUCAAUUUAUGGAAGUUGUGUGUCAGAAACAAUUUGUAAAGAUAAAGAAUUUACAAACGAAAAAAAAGAAAUGGAAGAUAUUAUUACAAAAUUACAAAUGGAAAAAUCAAAAUUAGAAGCUUCACUAUCCACUAUAAAUGAAAAGCAUAAUGAUGAAAUAACAUUUCAAGCAGAGUUCUAUCAGAGACAAAUUGCAUUUGUAAGAGAAGCAUUGAUGAAAUCAGAAGAACAGACUAGGCAAGAAAUAGAAUGCUUGGAAGCAGAUUACAUGGCAAAAUUAGAAAAAAUAAAAGAUGAAAAGCAGCAAGUAGAAAAUCAAUACAAAGAAGAAAUUCAUAAUUUAAAGAAUGAACAUGCUCAACAUAUAAAAGAAUUAUGCGAUUUACAUAAUGAAAAUAUAAAGCUUCUACAAACGGAAUAUUCCAAUAUAAUAGAAAGCAUAUCUAGAGCUAAAGAAAUGGAAGAUCGGGUGACAGAAACUAUAACGAAUCGAAAAAGUGAUAUAGAAGAUAUGUUGCAAAAGGCUAAUUCUAUUAUUGAAACUAUAUUAGUAAACAAAGAAAAAUUAGAAAUGAAAGACAAUGAAAUAAUCGAAUUUCGAGAACAUACUUUAAAAAUUCUUGAAGAUAAUAUAAAAGCUCAAAAGUUGGAGUUAAAAAAUCAAAAUAAUAUUUUGGAAGAGCAUUAUAAUAAAUUUGUUGAAACAACAGAGAAAUGCAACUCGCGCCUUGUACAACUUAUAACCGAGCUUCAAAAACAAAAUGUACUAAGCAACCAAUUGCAAGAAAUGCUCGUAAAAAAAUCAGCUGAUUUUUUACAUGAACAAGAAUUAUUUGAAGAAAAAGUAAAGUGGGAAAAAAAUUAUUUACAGACAUUGAAAGACUCUUGGAAGAAGGAACAAGAGAAACAACUGAAAUUACUUGUAGAAGAGAAAGAACUAGUUGCAACAGAAAAAGCACAAUUAGAAGUUUUAAGGAAACUCAAAAGUAACAAUGAUGAAGUUGACAAUAUAGAGUUGAAAGCUGCUAUUAAAACUGCACAAGAAGCAACUGUUUGUGCUAACAGGGAAAAAUUAAAAUGGCAAGAAAAAAUCAAUGAACUCAAUGUUCAGAAACAAGCUUUGCAAGAUAAAGAAAAUCAGCUUAUUUUACGCGCGAAAGAGCUUGAAAACUUUACUCAGUUAGUUUUAAUAAAAAAAGAUGAAGGAAUAAAAGCUUUGAAAGAUGCAAAACAUUUAGAAAAUCAAAAUAAGGAGAAGUUUAAUCAAUUACAAAUGCAAUUUAAUGCAUUAAUAGAAAGGGAGAGAAAAACUGCCAGUGAAAAAUAUAAUAUUGCAAGAGAUAGACUAGUGUCAUUACCCUAUGAACAUGAAAAACCAGAAAGAUGUAAAGAUGCUUUAUACUAUUUUCAAAACGAAAUAUUAUCUUUUUCUGAUGUCCAGUCACAAUCCCAAAUUACUUCGGAAUUAAUGAAUAUAGAUCCAAAUUUAACUAUGCUAACAUUAGAUAUUAAUGAUGAAAUCGACUCUAUUAACAAAUACACGCAAAUAUUUGACAGUUAAUAGUUUUCUGUGUUAAUACUGUACCAAUAAAAAUAAAAAAAUGUAAUUACAAAA